GUUGCUCUUUUGACGUUUUGACCUGUGCACCGGUGCCGAUAGCAAGUAUAGCAUGCUAGCAUGAAUUGAGGUCGUUCACGGUCAUUAACUGUCUUUACCAGUUUUACAAUGCAUAUUCGGAUAAUGCCUUUGAAUAUCCUUAAGUUUUGAAUGGUCAGUCAUAUGACUUCCAAAAUUAAAGAUCUGUUAGAGAUCGGGAACGUAAAGCUAUCUUAGCUAGCUAGCUAAAGUACCGGGUACAGUAGACAGCGGAUGCCCGAAGAAAAAGGAUGCAUUUAGCCGAUUUCGUCGCUGGGUCAGUCGGAGGAGCGUUUGGAGUUGCUGUUGGGUAUCCUCUGGACACAGUGAAGGUGAGGAUACAAACACAAAGGAAGUUCACGGGAAUCUGGCACUGCAUCCGCACUACAUCCAAGACAGAAGGGGUAAAUGGCUUCUACAAGGGCAUGUCCAUGCCGGUCACCACGGUGUCCGUCAGCUCCUCGGUGGUGUUUGGUACCUACAGGAACGUUCUCCAGUGUCUCCGUCAGCUUCGCAACUCCAGGCCAGACGCUCCUAAUGCCAAGCUGGACAUCUUCCUGUCAGGAAUGGCUGGGGGGGUUGCCCAGGUGUCGGUGAUGUCUCCAGCUGACAUAGUGAAGGUGCGUCUCCAGUGUCAGAUGGUUCCCUACCAGGGCUCAGAUGCCCAGAAGCCUAAGUACCGUGGACCAGUGCACUGUCUUCUGACCAUCGUCAGAGAGGAGGGGGUCCUGGGGCUGUAUAAAGGGGCCCAGGCCCUGGCCCUGAGGGAUGGACCUUCCUUUGCCACCUACUUCCUCACUUACAACCUUAUCUGUGAACAACUUUCACCUCCUGGCACCAGCCGGCCAGAGUGGGGGGUGGUGUUGCUGGCAGGUGGGCUGUCAGGGAUGUGUGGUUGGUGCAUCGGCACCCCCAUGGACUUGAUCAAGGCCCGUCUGCAGAUGGACGGGAUGGGUGAGCGGAGGUACAGGGGCUUCUUUCACUGCAUCUCCCACAGCGUCCGCACCGAGGGCCCGGGGGUCCUGUUUAAAGGCCUGACCCUGAACUGCAUACGAGCUUUCCCCGUCAACAUGUCCGUCUUCGCCAUGUACGAGGUGGUCAUCCGACUGCUGCGCACCGCACCUUAGGCCUUAAGGGUCAGGAAGUUCAGAGACCUUAUCUAAAUUGAACAGUGAUUGAUUGAGAGGAGGUUCUCCCAUUUUUUAAGUUAAGUGGAAAGGGGGACAGUGAAGGUGUUUUAAAUGUUUUUGGAGCUGUCUCUACUGACAGGAACAAUUCUUGAUCAGAGUGAUGAGCGAGAGCAAUAACCCUGUUCUCUCUGUUGCUGCUAUGUACUGUGUAUCAACACUAUUGGUGCCAAAUUGCUCUUGCACAAAGUGACCAUGAUGUGAAGGAACUGAAAAACAUAUCGCCUGUCUAACAAUUUGGUAAACUAUUUGCACAUUGUAUUUAAUUUUAGGGGGAUAGGUACUAUUCCUACUGAUGGCAUUCCGUUGUCAUAUUUAACUGGUUUAAGAAGGUGCUUUUUCUGGAAAUGCAACACCCAUUCCUUAAAGCAGACAUAUUGGACCCAACAGGACUGGUUUGAUGAAAACAUGUAUGCUUCUCUACACAGCUAUUAGCACGCUGUUCAUGUCAGAUCAGUGAAUUGUUUAAUGCAGAAUGGAAGUUUUCAUUUAGAGAAUCUGAAUUUGGCCUUAUGUCUCAUAACACUUCUGUUCCAGGGAAGGGUUGGGCAAUAGUAUUCAGCAUUACUAAUAUAAUGAAGUCAGUCUAGGUCUGGUACAUUAUUGCUGUUACUGGAAUCAAACAGUAUCAAGUCAAACAUUUACCUCAUAUGAAAGGUGGCAAAUACAGUUUUACUGUAAAACUGCCUUAUGGCAUACCUGUUAAACCAGGGCUGAAUCCCUGUAAUUAACUGAUGUACUGUACUAUGCACUGUUCUAUACAUUUCUAUCUAGUAUUCUACAAUUUAUCCACUAAUGUUGUACAGUGGUGUGAACUUUAUACUGGGAUCAAACUGUCAGUGUUCACCUUGAUGUGAAAAACAUCUUUCUUGGUAUACCUAAUCAGAUUGCCGUGUAAUUUGUUGUGUGACUGACUUAAAUAUAAAAAGUGUUUAUAGUGAAACAAAGAAUAUAUUGUUAAUAUAAACUGUUUAAUUAUUUGAUAAAAAACUGCAA